AUGGCUACUCACGCACAAGAAACAUUCCAUGCAUUUCAAAAUGCUGUGGCUCAUAAUAUGGGAAAUUUCGAUGAAGCUUUAAUGUCCGAUGAUGAAGAAGAAGACUAUUGUCCUUUAUGUAUCGAACCAUUAGAUAUCACAGAUAAGAAUUUUUUCCCAUGCCCUUGUGGUUAUCAAAUUUGCCAGUUCUGUUACAAUAAUAUUAGACAAAAUCCUGAAUUAAAUGGUAGAUGUCCUGCAUGUCGUAGAAAAUAUGACGAUGAAGGUGUACGAUACGUAGUAUUAUCUGCUGAAGAGAUCAAGAUGGAAAGAUCUAAUCAAGCCAAGAAAGAUCGUGAAAGAAAACAAAGAGAAAAAGAACGUAAAGAAAAUGAGUUUAGUAAUAGAAAACAUUUGGCCGGUGUUAGAGUCAUUCAAAAAAAUUUAGUUUAUGUUGUGGGUGUUAAUCCCCAAGUUCCUUACGAUGAAGUUUCAAGUACUUUAAGAUCAGAUAAAUAUUUUGGUCAAUACGGUAGGAUUAAUAAAAUCGUAGUGAAUAGAAAAAAUCCUCAUGGUAGUGAUAAUUCUCAUCAUCAUACACCUGGAUACGGUGUUUAUAUUACCUUUGCAUCGAAGGAUGACGCAGCAAAAUGUAUCGCCAAAGUAGAUGGUACUUAUAUGGAUGGAAGAUUAAUUAAAGCAGCAUAUGGUACAACGAAAUAUUGUUCUUCAUAUUUAAGAGGUCUAUCAUGUCCAAAUCCAAAUUGUAUGUUCUUACAUGAACCUGGUGAAGAGGCCGAUUCAUUUAAUAAACGAGAAAUGCAUGGUAAACAACAACAACAACAGCAACAACAACAUGGCGUUGUUGUCGGAAGUGGUUCUUCUCCAAGUAACAUAUAUGGUAAAUCUUCCUCAGGAAAUGCUAUUAACAAUGGAUUAUCUACAUUGAAUACUUAUACAUCCGGAACACCUUCUCCUGCAUUAGCAAAGGCUCAAUUACAUCACGAUGGCAAUCUCGGUAAUGCAGUAUUGACACCAGCUCCAAAACCAAGUGGUGCAAAUCCAUGGGGUGUUAGUCAAGCUUCUACACCAGUGACUUCUUUGAAUUUAUCUAAAAACCUAAGUGGUAAUCAUUUACCAACUUUAGCGGAUGCAUUAACAUCUCAUAAUAACAAUUCCCAGGUGAAUUUACAAUCUAACUUUCAAAACAAUGAUAAUGAUAGUAAUAUUACCAAAUCUAGUGCUAUCAGCACCACCAGCACCAGCACUACUAAUGAGAAAUCUCAUAACAAGAAGAAAAACAACAACUCAACAGUUGAACAAACUUAUAUUGAUCCUUACGAUUCUCUUGGCAGUGCAGUGAAAUUUAUGGAUGAAACUAUUAAGAAAUUUUCUUCAUAUGAGAAUUGUAAUAUUAAAUUAAAGUCAAGUGUUACAAAAAACCCAACAUAUCAUAGUUAUCCGUCAUUAUUUACAUGGAAUAAUGUUGAACCAUCUAAGAAAUGUGAUAGAGUAUUAACAAAAAAAUUGAUAGAUAUAUUAGCUAUAAAACCAACUGAUUACUCUACAUCAGUAUUACAAUUCUUACAAUCUGUUAGUAACAACAAUGCUAACAAUACCAAUCUAACUCCAUUACCUUUACCAUUAGAUGGUGAAUUAAGUUCUAGUUCUAGUACCCCAUUACCUCAAAGUAACAUCAGUAUGCAAAUCCAACCACCUCAAGGCAUUGCCGUAGGUAGAACUAUGCCACCAUCUCCACCAGGUAUGUUCUCUAAUGGUAGUACUCCAGAUGCUCUCGGGAAAGACAGUGCUACUCCAACUAACAACUCAUCCGAUCUACUGAAUCAAUUGAUUAAUGGCAGAAGUGUCACAGCAAACAACUAA